CACCCACACCCCAACCGACGUGCACACCAUGUCCGCAGCCGUGCGCCCCGACAGCGUGAGCGCGAACAACCCCGUCACGAGUACGAGCGUGCGCGCGACGCUCGCGCCGCUCGGGCUGGCGCUGGAUCUGUCCGAGGAGGAGGACUACACCGGCUUCCUCGCCGGCGGGUGGGAGGAGUGGAACAAGGUGCUCGCGAUGGACGACUAUGUACCGCUCGUCGACGAGGCGCGGUUCCCCCGCACCGACGUGCACCGCCCCAGCGCGGAGGACAACCCGCACAAUGCAUGGGCUUGGAAGGCGCGCAUCGAGGACACCGAAGCCCGCGGCGGGCUCUUGAAGGGCAAGACGGUCGCGCUCAAGGACAACAUCGGCGUCAAGGGCGUCCCGUGUCUCCUAGGGACGGACUACAUCCAGGACUGGGUGCCCGGCGUCGACGCGACGGUCGUGACGCGUAUCCUCGAGGCGGGGGGCACUGUGCUCGGCAAGGCGGUGUGCGAGAACCUGAGUUUGUGGGGCACUUCUGGCUCGUCGGCCACCGGGCCCAUGGACAACGUGUAUGCGGCCGGCUACUCGGCGGGUGGUAGCAGCUCCGGCACGGCGGUGCUCGUUGCUCGCGGGGUAGUCGACCUCGGCGUGGGCGGGGACCAGGGCGGCUCGAUCCGAAUGCCGGCCGCGAAGAACGGCAUCGUCGGCCUCAAGCCCACGUGGGGGCUCGUGCCGUACACCGGCGUCGCGAGCCUCGAGGCCACGCUCGACAACGCCGGGCCCAUGACGAGGACGGUACUGGACAACGCGCUGCUUCUCCAGGUGAUCGCGGGCGCCGAUGGCAUUGAUGACAGGCAGCAGGCGGGCUGUCCGUUCCCGGCCGACGUGCCCGACUACCCAGCCAUCGCGCGCACCGGCAUCAAGGGCCUGCGCGUCGGGCUCCUGGUAGAGGGGUUCAACCACCCCGGAGGGCAUGACCCGCGCGUGAGUGCGCUCGUGAAGCGCGCGGCGGAGCAGCUGCUCUCCCUGGGCGCAGCGAGCGUCGCCGACGUCUCGGUGCCAAUGCACCUCGACGCCAACAUCCUCUGGGGCACGAUCGGCAGGCUGGGGGGUGCAUCCGCGCUCAGGGGACACAAUGGCGGCCGGCGCGGCCUCGCGCUCAACGACCUCGCCGACAAGAUGGCGCCCGUGCGCCAGGAAGCGUUUGGGCACCUCUUCCCGUCGACGAAGAACUCGUUCAUCAACGCCCUGUGGGCGGGCGAGCACAUGCCCGCCAGCUUGGUUGGCAAGGCGACCAACCUUGUGCGCAAGCUCAAGGACGAGUACGUCGCCGCGCUGGGCGAUGUCGACGUGCUGCUCAUGCCGACGAUUCCGUUCCUCCCCAAGCCUAUGGUCGUCGCGACUUCGACGCCGGCGCAGCUCAUGGCCAACGCGUCGGGCUACACGCGCAACACGAGUGCCUUUAACCUCACGGGCCUCCCGGCACUCACGAUUCCCGUCGGCUUUGUGCCGUCCGACGACGACGCGCGCAUCUCCCUGCCUGUGGGGAUGCAGAUCGUGGGCAAGCCGUACGAUGAAGCGCUGCUCUAUCGCGUCGGGUAUGCGUGGGAGCAGGCGUUUGACUGGAAGUCGUUUACAUGACGUCGGCCACUCAUGUUGCAGCGGCAGUAGUGUGGCCAAGACACGGUAGACACGGUACCGUACUCGGGAGGCAGGCUCCAAUGUCCAGUCCAGACCAUGAUGCAUGCAUGCAUGCCCACCGACUCCCACUCCCGGCACCACCACUACCACCAACCUUGAC